AUGGCCUUAGAUAAACAAAGAAUUUUAAGUGAAUUGGGUAGUGUUAUGAAUCAAUUAAAAAGUGCUGAUUGUGGCUGUAUGGGGAAAAUCUUUUCUAAUUCUGAUAAUAAUCCUCAGAACUUAGCAAACAGUUAUUCUACAAAUCAUGGAAGUUGUCAACAAGCCUGUUGUCACAGUCACAAUAGCUGUGGUUCUCACGGGCAUGGCUGCAUCAAUCCAUACUCUAGUGAAUCAGGUUAUCCUGCAGGCUCUAGUCAUGUAAAUAGACCUUGCUUUGGUCAAUGCAAUCCACCAAAACUUUAUGCUGACACUUAUAACUAUUUAAAUGAAAAACUAAUGCAACCAGUUGUCAAGGAAGUUUAUCAUGAUCUAAACACUAUCAGCCCAGCAAACACUGUGAUGAAUAACCCAAUAGCAUCUCAAAUCGGUCUUCCAUUACAAUCAGGACAAACCCCGUUAAAUAAUUUAACACAGAACAUUCCGAGUGUAAAUAAUCCAGCAAAAAUAGGGAUGGGUCCCGAAAUUAUUAACAUGGUAAUGGGUAGUAGCGGUAAUAAGCCAAAGAUUCAAGAAAGUCACAUUGCGGGCCAAGUGCCCAGUAGCCCAUCAAGACUUCAGGGAGCGAGUGCGCAGCAAGGUUUUAUUGACGGCCCUUCUGCAAUUGGUGAUGGAAAUCGGAUACCCUUGAAUGGAAAUGUCAAUCGGAAUGAACAAAAUGUGUAUCAAAAUAUAAUACCUAAUGUCCAAAUGAGCCAGGUGGCAGUACCACAAUUAACAGGCAAUCCUACAAACCCAGGAAUACAACAGUUAACAAAACAUCACGCAGGGCCUCACGACCAAGGGAUAACAAAAUUCAAUGAAAUGUUUCCAGGGGUAAUGCAAGGACUAGGCGGAGAUUUGAAUUUUGAUCCAAUGGCCAUAGCGAUACAAAUGAAUCCAGAAAAUCAACAAAAGGCCGUCAUUAAUGCCAUGCACAAAGCGAUUGUUGAUAAUACUGAGAAAAUGAACCAUCCGCAAUUAUCUGCACUUAAUCAAGCUCCUCCACCGCAAUUGCUUCAACCUGCUACUGACCAAAAUCCUGCAACAGCUACCCACCAAUUACCUCAGACAAUGAUUGAGACUAAUGUUCAGUUAAAUGAAAACGCAAAUGUAUUAAAGCAAAACAAACCUGGUAUUCAGCAAGAAAAUAUUAAAGAGCCGAUAUUUCCAAUAGAUACGUCGAAACAUCAGUCACACCGCGAAUAUAAUACCUUAGGUCAGCCGGUGGAAAUGCUUCCAGCGAAACUCUUCCACAGCCCUGCCCCUAGUCUUCCGCAAACGCUAGCACCUCAACCAACGACAGGAAAAUUUAAAAACGAUUGUAGUUACAAGAAUAUUAAGUCCACUGUUAGCAAAACAUCUAUAAUUGGUCACAAGUCUAUAGGGAAAAUUCCCAGCAAGAAUCAGUUGCAGCAUAUUUAUAAUCAGUACAAAGGCUCGCAGUCUCAUACUCAGCAGAAUGUUCAAGAACAUCUGAAUGUGACAUCUGCUUCGGAAGGACGUUUACGAACUGCGCAAACUGAUGUCCACCAUCAAGCUCUGGUUGAGAAAGAAGGUGGUGAUGUGUUGCGCAAUAAUCCAUUACAGCCUAAAAGGCUUGAGGCAACCUUCGAGCAAGGUGGUGAUGCUUCAAUUAAUAAACUUGGUGUCCCUGAAAAGAGCGAAACAACUAAGAGUGCCAAAUGUCGGAACGGCUUACAAGAUAUGGUAUAUACGUCUUACCCAACCUCGACCGCAUGGUCAUUCCAUGGUAACCGAGGUCCACCUGUAACUGCCAAUCAACGUUACAAAACUAGGCUGUAA